AGCUCAGAUUUUGUGUCAUAAACCGAGCGAUGGUUUGUCGACCUGUCUUUCCCGGGAAUUAGUGAUCCUUCGACUCUGCUAGAAAAAAAAAAGAGAGGGAUGUCUCUUCGUUGCUGGGGCGCCGCCUGCACCCUGGGGCCCCGGGUAUUUGGAAGAUACAGUCCAAUCAGAGCAGUAAGUUCCUUGCCAGAGGAAAAAAAGGAAUUCUUACAGAAUGGACCAGACCUUCAAGAUUUUGUAACUGGUGAUCUUGCAGACAAGAGCAAGUGGGAUGAGUAUAAAGGAAACUUAAAACGCCAGAAAGGAGAAAGGUUAAGACUACCUCCAUGGCUAAAGACUGAGAUUCCCAUGGGGAAAAAUUACAAUAAGUUGAAAAAUACAUUGCGGAAUUUGAAUCUUCAUACAGUGUGUGAGGAAGCUCGCUGUCCCAACAUUGGAGAGUGUUGGGGAGGUGGAGAAUAUGCCACAGCCACAGCCACAAUCAUGUUGAUGGGUGAUACGUGUACAAGAGGUUGCAGAUUCUGUUCUGUUAAGACUGCAAGAAAUCCAGGUCCGCUUGAUGCCAAUGAGCCCUACAAUACUGCAAAGGCAAUUGCAGAGUGGGGUCUGGAUUAUGUUGUCCUGACGUCUGUGGAUCGAGAUGAUAUGCCUGAUGGAGGAGCUGAGCAUUUUGCAAAGACUGUAUCAUACUUAAAGGAAAGGAAUCCAAAAAUUCUUGUGGAAUGUCUCACCCCUGAUUUCCGAGGAGAUCUUAAAGCAAUAGAAAAAGUUGCUUUGUCGGGAUUAGAUGUGUAUGCUCAUAACGUAGAGACAGUUCCAGAAUUGCAGAGGAAAGUUCGUGAUCCCCGGGCCAAUUUCAACCAGUCUCUGCGCGUACUGCAACACGCCAAGGAGGUUCGGCCUGAUGUGAUUUCUAAAACCUCCAUAAUGUUGGGUUUAGGCGAAAAUGAUGAGCAAGUAUACGCAACAAUGAAAGCACUUCGUGAAGCAGAUGUGGACUGUUUGACUUUAGGACAAUAUAUGCAGCCAACAAAGCGCCACCUGAAGGUUGAAGAAUACAUUACUCCUGAAAAGUUCAAAUAUUGGGAAAAAGUAGGAAAUGAACUUGGAUUUCAUUAUACUGCAAGUGGCCCUCUGGUGCGUUCUUCAUAUAAAGCAGGUGAAUUUUUCCUGAAAAAUCUAGUGGCUAAAAGAAAAAAGCCCUCUAAAACAUAACAAGACCUUCAAGACCACAGGAAUUUUUAAUACCUGAUUCCAUUUGGUAAUAGAAGUGGUACCAGAAUGCCUGGACUUCAGUGGACAUACCUCAGUCUCUUUGUCUUAAGAAACAUGUCAAUAGCUGUGCAUAUUUAAUUAAUUCACUUGUCUUUUUGCAUGUCUUGUCCUAUUAAACAAUCGCUUGCUGUGAUGUAAUCAUGAAACAUCUUUUAAGGGUUACUAUUACCAGUAUAAUUAAAAAAUACAUUAAAAACUUCUGGAAAAGGGGUGCCUGGGUAGUUCAGUCGGUUGAGCAUCCAACUUCAGCUCAGGUGAUGAUCUUGCAGUUCAUGAGUUUGAGCCCCAUGUCAGGCUCUGUGCUGUCAGCCCAGAGCCUGCUUCAGAUCCUGUCCCUCUCUCUCUCUGCCCCUCCACCAUUCGUGCUUGCUCACUCUCUCACUCUCUUUCUAAAAAAUAAAUAAAACGCUAAAAAAAACUUUCAGAGAAGCUUUUAAGCCUGUUC